ACCGCGCCGCUUCGAUUUAUCCAUUCGCUUACGCCCCGACACCGGCACGUGGAUGGAAGGCACAGUCCUUUGGAAAGGGUAAUGCUCACUACAAAGGCGGGGCAUGCAGCCUCAGAUGAGGGGCAGACUUUUCCUCUUCAACUUCUCAAAUCUCACGCCUCAGCCUUGCUUUUUCCAUUCUGUGUUUGAACUGUUGCUUUUUUAACGAUGUCGACUGCGAAACGAAACCCUCCUUUCAGAGCUGAGCACUGCGGGUCUUUGCUCCGCCCACAAGAAUUGGUCCAGAAGCGAUACGAUGUCGCUGCGGGCAAAUGUCCCACAUCUGAGCUCGAACCCCUGGAGGACAAGACCAUUACGGAUGUGGUGAAGCUGCAGAAGGAUGCCGGGUUUCAUAUCAUCUCCAGUGGGGAAUAUGCGAGGCACAUGUUCUGGGGAACUUUCUUCGAAGAACUCAAUGGCAUGAAGGAACUGCAACUGGGCGUGCUGAAAGGCUACGACGCUGGCAUGUUCCGACCGUAUGCUCCCGACGUCAAGUCCUUCAUGGAGUCCAAGGAAAUUCCUAAUGCUGUUACUGUCUGUGUCGGCAAGAUCAGCCAUCCCGGACACUCUAGCUACCAGCGCGAAGUCGACAUAAUGAAGAAGCUGCUACCGGAGAAUGAAUGGAAGAACAUCAAAAUCACCAUGAUCUCGCCGUCAUGGUACCACUUCCGAUACAAGGCUGGAAGGAGUUACCCAAAGGACGUGUAUGCCAACGAUGAGGAGUACUUCGAGGAUGUGGCAAAGGCAUACCAAGAGGAAUUAAAGUAUCUGCAUGGCCAAGGCAUCCGGAAUAUCCAGAUCGACGACCCGAACUUGGCGUACUUCUGCUCUCAAGCUAUGUUGGACGGGUGGGCUGCUGACAAGGACAACGACAAGACGGCUGACGAGAUGUUCGACGCCUACGUCAAGUUCUACAAUAAGUGCUUUGAGAGGCCGUCGGAUAUGCAUCUCGGUAUCCACCUGUGCCGCGGUAACUACGUCGGAAGUAGGCACUUUUCCGAAGGCGCGUACGACAACAUCGCGAAGAAGCUCUUCCAGGACCUGAAUGUCGACACGUACUACCUUGAAUACGACACUCCGCGCGCCGGCGGUUUCGAGCCCCUAGCACAUCUUCCCAAGAACAAGAACGUCGUGCUCGGUGUAAUUACCUCCAAGUUCCCCGCCCUCGAGAACAAGGACGAAAUGAUUGCCCGUGUCAACCAAGCUGCUGACUUCAUUGCUAAAGGCAAUGAUGAGACCCACGAAGAGGCGCUGCAGCGCGUUUGUGUGAGCCCGCAGUGCGGCUUUGCGAGCCAUGCUGAGGGGAAUGCGCUGGGGUAUGAGGAUAUGAGGAAGAAGUUGAUGCUUGUGAGGAGCAUUGCGGAUGCUGUUUGGCCGGGCCAGCCGUAAGAAGCAGUUGUGUAUCUGGGCGGUGUUGUAGGUGUUGGUGGCUAGAAGUGAGAUGUGCAUGUGCAUGAGGCAGGAGUUGCAUCUGAAUGCUGAUUUCAACACGGCGUUCUCAUGAGAGUACAGGCUGAACAAAAGUUAGCAUGGCUUCGGAUGGUUCGGUUAGGAAACCUUC